UUACAUUCUUUCUUUCUGAAAAGUCACAAGCCACCGGCAAGAAAUGAAAGUGAAAUCAGGGGACAGUGUCAUCAGUCAGCAGAAAUGUGCCAAAGUUCAGAGAGCUGUUUACUUAGGCACGACAUGCCUGCCAGCCAGUCAUAAGCCCGGGGCUGCAUUGAUCUGCCGGCCCCUCUCCACCGGCCUGGAUUCUGGAGCCUGGACACUAGGAAGUCAGCGAGAGAGAAGAACCCACCGAACCUGAUUUCCUACUCUUCCUCUUGAAAAGCGCUUUGUGCGUUCUGCAUCUUCUUUUCGGGACCCAGGAGGCGCCCUGCGAAGGGCAUGAAGAUGAUUGUCCUGAAGUCAAAGCGGCGGAGCCAGCUGCUGUUCCUCGGCACAAUGGCCCUCAUGAUCACGGUCAUCUGCCUGCUCUUCUUUGCUCUCCUCUGGAAGGCCGGCAACCUUGUGGACCUGCCCAACCUCAGGGUCGGCUUCUACAACUUCUGUCUCUGGCAUGAGGGCGCCGGCGCCCUGCAGUGCUACCAGUUCCCGGAGCUGGAGGCCCUGGGCGUGCCUCGGGUGGGCCUGGCCCUGGCCAGGCUCGGCGUGUACGGCGCCCUGGUCCUCACCCUUUUCGUCCCCCUGCCUCUCCUCCUGGCCUGGUGCAACAACAACGAGGGGGAGUGGCAGCUGGCCGUGGGCUUCCUGGCCACAUCCUCCGCGCUGCUGGCCAGCGGCCUGGGCCUCUUCCUCACCUACACCUGGAAGUGGCUCCAGCUCUCCCUUCUGGGACCCGGGUCUCUAGCUCUGGGCGCUGCCCAGGCCUUGCUCAUCCUCUUGCUUGUGGCCACAGCUGUGUUCCCUCAGAGAGCAGAGGACAGGAGCUGGGGAGCUGCUAGCUCCGUCUAAAGGCUUACGUGAUCGCAAGGGUUCGCUUUGACCUGUGCUCAGAGAAGGCUGCCAGAGAAUGCACGGGCCGGUGUGUCUUCCCGGCCACCCUGUUUCACAGCCAGUCCUGAGCUCCAGCUGGAGCAGGCUGGACCCACCACGGAGGGGUUGGGUGCCCAACGUCAAGGAGGACAAGACGCAGUGAGGGCAGCCAGCGCCCCUUUGGCUUCUUAGGAUAGGGUGGUCUGUCCUUUGGGACUUCUAAGAACACCCGAGAACCACGUAACUCAUUGUCGCAAGAAUUCCUGCUUUAGUUAAGUGACCUGAGCAAGCCAUUCUGACUUGAUCCUCAGAACAAUGGGGAGAUAAGGCUUCCUGUCACUGGGGCCAGAUUUCCAGGACAAGCUGCCAAAUGCCAGACGGGAACACGGUGAUGGUUUAUGAAGGAAUGCCUCGGUGUUCCCAGGAACCCAGCCUAGCAAGCUCCCCAUCUCCAUUUGAGACAAUGCUCCCAAAGGCCGAGGAGUGAUCUGAGGGAUUCACAGAACAAAAAUGCACAGAGAACAGUCUGGCGGUUUUGAACAUUCCCCUGAAAAGGUUCCUGGGCCUGAAGACAGAACAAGGGUCUAACCACUGCGUAUGAACAGACCUCUCCCAGCACGUGACCUGGGCGUUCAGGAGCCCAAUAGGCCAGAUCCCUGGUCAGGAGAGGAAGCUGAACGGGACUGAACCGGCCCACGUGAAUGUAGACGCCGCAUCCCCUCCCCUCUCACCCGGCACCGGAAAGGACACGAGCACCGCUCACGCGCGGGGGCGCUUUGAGUAUCCUUCAGCAUCUGUUACACUGACAAUCUGUACAUCACGUGACCGGCUCACCCCUGUGCAGAGCCACACUCAAUAGAGGCAGAAACACGG